AUGGCGCGACAGCAAGAAGAGAAGACGCGAGAGAUGACGCGACGUCAAGAAGAGAUGAGGCGACGUCAAGAAGAGAUGAGGCGUCAAAAAGAAGAGAUGGUGCAUGAGAUGACGCGACAGCCAGAAGAGAUAGGGCGACAGCAAGAAGAGAUGAAGCGAGAGAUAACGCGACAAGAGGAACAGAUGAUGCGAUGUAGGGAACAACUGGAAUUAGAUACAAAGAUGGCGGUGCCCAAAGCCAGGAAGGACAUACUGGAAAGUGAGGGGUCAAGAUGCAGCUCUAGAUCAUCGAAAACGAUGAGCUCUAUACCGAGAGAGAAAACUGCUCAGAGUGAAUUGGUAGUUGGAUCAAUUCCACAAUCGAGGUCCACUGGAUACCUAGGCUUUGAAAACCCAUUGGAACAGAUGAAGAUGGGUAAAACUUCAUCUCAGCAAAUGAGUGCUAGAUCGAAACCAAUUACUAUUGGAGCGUCUGUGAAUGCUCGAGACAAACCAAUAGCGGGCCAUGCUUUUUCGAGGCCUGGUGCACAGGCUCGAGCAAGCCAGUUUGAAUCACAAAGGCCUGUUUAUGAACAGAUUUUUUUCAAUGUUUUAGAAUUUUUCAGCAACAACCUUGAAUUACAAACCUAACACCCAAAUCACUCAGAAAUUCUGGAAAAAGUGCAAACUUAUUAAACAGUUAU